UCUCUCUCUCUCUCUCUCUCUCUCUCUCUCUCUCUCUCUCUCUCUCUCUCUCUAGGUAAAUUGGUAAUCAUCAUCAACCUUCAACCUCACUCCAUUUUCAAUUUAAUAUAAGUAUAUUCUACUAGUAUAAAUAAACAAAAACCCACCAUGGAACCUCAAGUUUACUCCAUCCAUCAAAACCUAAUUAGUUUGUUAGUUUGUUCUCUCUAUACCCACUAAUCUAAUUAACUAAUUGAUUGCAACAUUCCAUUAACCUCCACUCAUUCUCUAGCUACUCUUUCAUUUGGUUUCUUAUUUGGAAUCUGGGAAUGCUGCUUCAUAUUUAAGGGCUGGGUUUCUUUAUCUGCUACUGUUAUACACAGGUUUACAACAACAACAAUUGCCUUCUAAUGGGGACUACUUGUUUAGCAGCUGAGAACAAUAAUCAAGGGAAACAACAACAACAAGAAGAAGAUAUGAGAAAUUUGAGUCUAUCGUCUUUGAUUAUCCGAGAAGAUGAAGAAGAGGAAAUUGAAAUUCAAGCGGAAGAAGAAGAGUGUUCCAUAUCAUCUGAAUCACCGUCUACAUCAAAUGAGGACCGGAACCACAGUAGUACCACUAGCAGCAGCAGCUCACAAGAGUCGUGUUCUUCUCCGCCGCCGCAACUGGACUGGCCUAUUAACAACAAUUCAUCUACUACUAGUACCAUUACUAAUGUCAUCAAAGAGAAACCUCAAUUGGAUGUUGCAGCCACAGAUAUAGAUAAUGUAGAUACAAUUAAAUUAGAGAAACAAGUCUCUACUAACAGGAUUUCAGAAAUUGAGAUGAUGAAGGAGAGGUUUUCAAAAUUGUUACUUGGUGAAGACAUGUCUGGUUCUGGGAAAGGGGUUUGCACUGCUUUAGCCAUUUCAAACGCCAUUACCAAUCUAUGCGCCACCCUCUUUGGGCAGCUAUGGAGAUUAGAACCUGUAUCACCAGAGAAGAAAUCAAUGUGGCAAAGAGAAAUGGAAUGCCUUCUGUGUGUCAGUGACCACAUUGUCGAAUUGAUACCAUCCUGGCAAACAUUUCCUGACGGAACCAAGCUUGAGGUUAUGACUUGCAGACCCCGGUCAGAUAUUUGUAUCAAUCUUCCAGCUCUUCGCAAACUGGAUAGCAUGCUUCUUGAAAUACUAGAUAGCUUUAGAGACAUGGAAUUCUGGUAUGUUGACAAAGGGAUCGAAGCUCCAGAUGCUGAUGGCUCGGCCUCUUUCCGUAAACCCUUGCAGCGCCAAGAGGAGAAGUGGUGGCUACCUGUACCUCGUGUACCACUGGGAGGUCUCCAGGAAAGUUCGAGGAAACACUUGCAGCAUAAGCGUGAUUGCACGACCCAAAUCCUUAAAGCUGUCAUGGCCAUUAACAGCAUUGCUUUAGCCGAAAUGGAAGUGCCUGAAUCGUUCUUAGAAGCCCUUCCAAAGAACGGGCGGGCCAGCUUAGGAGAUGUCAUAUACCGUUAUAUCACGUCAGAUCAGUUCUCUCCAGAAUGCCUUCUCAAUUGUCUCGAUCUAACACCGGAGCACCAGGCUCUAGAGAUUGCCAAUCGGGUUGAAGCCUCCAUUUAUGUGUGGCGACGAAGAACAAAUGCGAGAACUGGAAUCAAUACUACCCGGUCUACACCAAAAUCAUCGUGGGAGAUGGUUAAAGACUUGAUGGGUGAAGGAGAGAAGAAGGAAUUGCUUGCAAACAGAGCUGAAAACCUCUUGCUUUGCCUGAAGCAGCAGUUCCCUGGUCUUUCUCAGACCACAUUGGAUAUGAGCAAGAUCCAAUUCAAUAAGGAUGUUGGAAAAUCUAUCCUGGAGAGCUACUCACGAGUUCUUGAGAGCCUGGCGUUUAAUAUUGUAGCUCGUAUCGAUGAUGUUCUGUAUGUAGACGACUUGUCCAAGAAUUCAGAUCAGUUAUCAUCAGUUCCUACCAUCAGCGUGAUUGCUCACAAGAGGGUUUCCAUUCCACAUUCUUCCUCUGCACCUGUCUCAAACACUACUCCCUACGCAACGGCUUAUACCACCCCGAGUUUCUCACCAGCACCUAUGGUUAGCCCUGCGAAUGGCGGAGUCCUGAACAGCACCAAGCCACAUCACCGUGGGUUUGCAGUAAAGAAGGUCUUAACAGAUUAUCUUGGUGUUGAGACUAGGAGCAAAAAUGCAGGGAAUCUUGCAGAUGCAUCAUCAGAUUCAGUCCCAGGCUCGUUUCGAUCAUCUUCAAGUAGGGUGAGUUGAUGACUUAGACAGAAGAAUUGUUCAUAUUAUCCCCCCAUUGACAGAAAAAUAGGGUUGCUCAACAAGCUCUCUGAUGUAAAUUUGAAGAGAUUUUGAGAGCGAUGAUAGCAUGCUAAAAUCAUCCUGCCGUGUUUUUGUUCUUGUGUGAUGAGUUGUGUCAUGUGUGAUAGUUUGAUACUGAUUUUCUUUCCACAUUAUAAAGACUUGAUCCUGUAA